UGCGAGUCGAGCCCAUCCACCAAUGCGUUACCGGGGAAACAGAUGCGCACGUUCGCGCUCGGACCUGUUGUUUGUAGGAUCAUCAAGCUCAGCGUUUCUGCAAAGCUACGGGAAUAAGUGAGUUUUUCCUGGAUUGGAUCACGUUUGGAGCAUCACUCGUGCGCUGCGCGUCUCCGCCGCUCAUCAGAUGAUGCUGCUGCGUGUUCACGGGUCCUCCUCCGGUACCACCGGCAUUACUCACGCACCGGCGGAGUGAGAACAGCUGAAGAUGAUACUCAGAUGAACAGGUCGGGGAAACUUUUUUCUGGAAGAUGUUCAGGGCAGUUUGGAUAUCUGAUGGCCGCGGCGAUGAGUUUGUUUAACGCAGCGGAGAAGGGAAUUUAACAGGUGCGUAAUUAUCACUCGAGCAUGAAUCCCACUGGCUUCUUGCGUCUUCUCCAGUUCAGAAGCUCUCUGGAGAUCACGCGGGGAGCGCGCUAGUUGAUGGCACUGCGCGCCGGAAGGACUUUGUUGUGGUUUGGGCAGGUUUUUCGCAGAGUUUCGCGGCUGCAGGGCUUGUGGUCCCGGCGCUCCAGCAGUCUGCUUUGUCUCUCCACCAGCCAGGACCACGAUCAAGGGACCUGUUACAACCGCAACCGGUGUCCGAAGACGCAGCAGCACUGCCCCUAUCCGCCCUUUACAGACUGCUGCUGCGCCUUCCCGGGGGAUAAGAGGGGACAUGAACCCCUCAGCCGCCGGUUCCUGCUGGCCAUGAAGAGGCAGAACGUGCGGACGCUGUCCCUGAUCGUCUGCACGUUCACCUAUCUGCUGGUCGGGGCCGCGGUGUUUGACGCGCUCGAGUCGGACUACGAGAUGCGGGAGAAGGAGCAGCUGGAGGCUGAGGAGAAGCGCCUUCAGGGCAAGUACAACAUCAGUGAGGAUGACUAUAAAAAGCUGGAAACCAUCAUCAUGGAGGCCGAGCCGCACAGAGCAGGGGUCCAGUGGAAAUUUGCAGGGUCCUUCUACUUUGCCAUCACUGUCAUAACCACCAUAGGUUAUGGUCAUGCGGCUCCAGGUACAGAUGCUGGAAAGGCGUUCUGCAUGUUUUACGCAGUGCUUGGGAUCCCUCUGACACUGGUGAUGUUCCAAAGCCUUGGAGAGAGAAUGAACACCUUCGUCAAGUACAUGCUGAAGCGCAUCAAAAAGUGCUGUGGGAUGCGCAUCACAGAAGUCUCAAUGGAGAACAUGGUCACCGUGGGCUUCUUUUCCUGCAUGGGAACGCUCUGCAUUGGCGCGGCAGCUUUCUCCCAUUACGAGGACUGGAGUUUCUUUCAGUCCUAUUACUAUUGUUUCAUAACGCUCACCACCAUCGGGUUCGGGGACUUUGUGGCCCUGCAGAAGAACAAAGCUUUGCAGAGAAAGCCACUUUAUGUGGCGUUCAGCUUCAUGUACAUCCUAGUUGGCCUGACGGUCAUCGGGGCCUUUCUAAACCUGGUGGUCCUUCGUUUCCUGACCAUGAACAGCGAGGACGAGCGGCGGGAUGCCGAGGAGAGAGCUUCCCUGGUGGGUAACCGCAGUAGCAUGAUCAUCCACAUCCAGGAGGACACGCUCCAGAGGAGUCGAAGGAGACGAGAACAGCAGCAGCAGCGCUACAGAUCCGAGGUCAAUGAUCUCCAGUCCAUUUGCUCCUGCAUGCACUACCAUUCGCACGAGUUCGGGAGCUCAGUUGGCCUCGGGUUGGGAAUGGGAGGAGGAGGAUGCAGCGGCGGUGGCGCAUUUCAGCACCAGAACUCGUUCGGCUCACAGUUGAGCCCCCAUCAGUACCAUCACUACCACUCAACGGUAUCCUACCGCAUAGAGGAGAUCUCGCCGAGCACCCUGAAAAACAGCUUCCUUCCCUCCCCCAUUAGCUCUGUCUCACCCGGGCUUCACAGCUUCACGGAAAACCUCCGGCUGAUGAGAAGACGCAAGUCCAUCUGAGGACCAACGGCAAAUGCUCUACACACAUAUCCAAUGCUGCUGCUCUACCAAACCUCAUUCUGGCACUUUUUUCGUCAUUAUCAGGCUCUUGCGAGAUGACGUCAGACCAGCAGGACAUUUUAUCGCUCGGUGGAUAUAUUGGAACUUUGUUAAAAAGCAUGAAGCAUGGAUGUCUAUUUUUGCAGAAAACAUCGCCUGGGCCUUCUUCGCCCUUUUGAGCAGCACCUCAGUGGAUUUGGAUAUAAUAAUACUACCCUGAUAUCUUAUCAGAUGAUGCACACUUGUGUUUUGAAUUAUACAGAGGGAGAUAUAUAUAUAUACAUAUACAUAUAAUUUUUUAAGGGACGUGUGAAAAUGUGCAUUUUAUCAAAUGGUGAGCAGCCUCUGGUUCUUUCUUGAGAUUCAAGUGCCACAACACCGAAGGAGAAAUAAUGAUAAAACUGAUUUGAAAAGGACUACACAGUAUCAGGUAUUGUUUUCUAUAAGCAAUUCUAUUUAAGAAAAAUAAGACAUUGAUUCACAUCAUGCCAAAAUAUUGUUGCCAACCAUAGCAUGUGCACUAGUUGUCGUUUGAUGUACGUCAUUGUUUCUGUUAAACCUUUUUAUUUUCCGUUUCUGUUCGUUUAAUUUCGAUCUAAGGUUUUCUGUAAAUUAAACAUGUAUGUAGACUUUCCAAGUGCGUUAUAUUUAGAGGUGACAGAUGAGAGACAGCAUAAGUCGAUUGUGAGAGGAGAAUAAUUGCAUGUGCUUUGUUCAAACUGGUAUGUGUAUGCUGUCACGAAGCAAAGCGAUAGCACUGGAUCCAAUAUUAAAAGCAAAUAAUCCUUUAAAAAGUAUUUUUUGAAAUGAAAGUCGAACUAAACAGCAACUAAAACAGGGCCUCACAAAUGGGAACGUAGCGGCAUUGAAGAUGAUUGUUAUUCAUCGUUAUUUAUAUAAACAGCACGACUAUUAUUCCAUUGUGAACAAUCAAUGUAUAAUGUAUGCUAACCCUAGCAAUGAUUGCUUUUCUCUCGGCCAUAACCAUGGCAUUUAUUUGAAUGAGACUUAUUUAAAUGCAUCAAUAAAGACAGUUAUUUAUGUAUUUCACACUUUUAUGAUGUCUUCAGAGGAUGCCCUGCAAAUGAGAUGGUACCUCAUAGGCCUAAAAAUUGCUCUGAUGUUGAUGGAAAAGCAUAGUUGCUCCUCUUUUAGGAGCGGUGUGGAUGUAAUCAACAGCUCCCUUUCUCUGCUUGUGGUAGAGAGUGUUUUUGUCCACUAACCAAAUUGCAUUUCUGAUAUAACAGCAACCAUGUCACUUUUUGGUUUUAAACUGAACUUGUUUUGUUUUUUACUAUUUUACUAUGUCUUACUGUAUCCUGGAUAUAAAAUCGCAGUAUUUGUGUUACAGUUAGGAUCAUCCAAUAAACCAGAGUUGGAGUCAAGACCUGACCCACUACAAGACCCAGACCAAGACUUGACACAUUAAGGCCCAAAUCCAGACCAAUGCCUGUCCAAGUAUGAGAGAAGAUGCUGAAUUAAUUGCAGCAUUCACAUUGUACAGUGGCUAAAAAGCCGUUCAAAGCCAUAGGCAUUUUACUAAUUUUCUGUAAUCAUGAAGACACCAUGUUGAAUUUGGCUGAGUUAUCAUCUUUAGUUCAUAAGUGGACCCUUUUCUUCACCCUAAACCAAUAUUAAAUCUGGAACUAGAUGGAGCAAUGUGGUCUUGAUAGGUCUUCAAGACUUCAACUCUGACACUUACUAACCAAUAAAAUGACAUUGCAAAUAAUAGCUUAAGGAUUUUUUUUAUGGAUGUAGAAGGCUGCAUUAAUUUUCACUUUUUGGUUUUCCUUGAUAAGAUUAGAUGUCCAUUUCAUUUCGCCAGUUUUAAUUGAGAGUUGGUCUGUAAUUUUACCUCUGUGGCAAAAUAAAUCAGAAGCAGUCAGGGUGGUGAAGUUUUCAUCUAAAAUUCAAGAUUCUUAGGCAGAUGGCCAAUUAUAAAUUAGAUCAAAUGUGACACAGAUAGCAUGAUUCAGGUUUGGACUGGACUCUUGCCGAUGUUUUCUUGAAAAAUAAAUCUCAAGUAAUUGUCUUGAUUUGGAUCACUGAGGUAUGCAAAGCCCAAAGUGCCAGCUAAAGUAAUUUGGUUUCAGACAAGACUAAUUAAUGAGAGAAAUUCCUGAGGGUCUCCAGUGCUACCGUGCACUCUUUUAACCAAUUCCCGAGGCUGCCAGCGGGAAGCGGUUCCAGGCUCAAACAGCUCACCCGUCUAAUACCAAUCAAAUUGACGUCUGACAUUCUGGAUUUCACAGCAUAUCUUGCAGCACUCAUGUAAAUGUAUGUAAAUCGCUACCAUUUUAUAAUAUUGUACAGUGCAUAUAUUGUAAGUAGUUAUAUCCUUGACAAAUUACAAAGACAUAUUUUAAACUCAGAUGCAUUCCCAUUUUUACAGCAUUCAGCAUACUGUAUGUGCCUUAAAGGGGUAUCUUUCAAAUGUGGAGUUUGUAUUUCAUUAAGGCACAUACUCCAAUUCAUAUUCAGAUAUAGAAGCAAACAAAUUAAAAUAGUUUUCAAAGCAAAAGCUCCCCCAUGAAUUCCCAUGGACAACAUUAAAUCAAAUAAAACCAAAGCAACUAAUCCUCACGAAUGCCGCUGCCACCCAAACAAUGCACAAACAUGUAUUUUAGUGUAAACACUGUCUGAAAUGUGUCCACUGUUUCACUAACACAACAAAAAAGCUUUAUUUUCCACUUUUUAUUUGUUGUCACUUUAACCUAUGUACGUACAUGAUGGCUCCUGGGGUAAUAACAUGUAUUUUACAUCAAUAAAUUGUACUUGCAUUCUAUAUGUAAUAACCUGGUAAGAAAUACACAGACAGAUGAGCUUGUAUGUAUGGACUUGAAGAAAUGUAAUAACUUUAUGAUUGGCAAUAGAUCCACUGUUGUGGAGGGGCAUUGACAAAUCAGGUGUAUCAAAAUACAUUACCUAAUUUAUAAGAUGAGAUAAAUAUACACAUUCCAUUUAAUCAUAAUAUUAAUUAUUAAAUAGCAAAUUGUUAUUGAUAUUAUAGGGUGACAGGAGUUAAAGGGAUAGUUGACACUAAAAUGGAAAAAUUAGUUUUGAUUAUCAGAGUUUGUUUCAUCAUAGAUUUGGAGAAAUGUAUGAAAUGUAUCAGCAAUGGAUCCUCAGCAGUGAAUGGGUGCCGUCAGAAUGAGAGUCCAAACAGCUGAUAAAAACAUCACAAUAAUCCACAAGUAAUCCACACCACUCCAGUCCAUCAGUUAACAUCUUGUGAAGUGAAAAGCUGCAUGUAAGAAACAAAUCCAACAUGUUUAAACUUUCAACCAUCACUUCUGGCCAAAACAGAGGUCCAUAAUCCAUAAUAACGCUUCCUCCAAUGAAAAAGUCCAUCUCCUGUUGUUCUCCGACAUCAAAAUCCACCGACAUAUUUGUUUAGAAUUGUUUUGGACUGUUUUCUCCCAUAAACGUUGCUUGAUUUGUGCAUAUUUCUCUCCUGUUUCUACUUUUUCACUGCAGGAAGCAAUAAUAAGAAUAGAGAACUUGUAUUUUAGCUGGAAGCUACGCUGGUUUGCAAUUAAACAUGUCUUAAUGAAUUUAUUACAAACAUUCAGCUUUUCACUUCACAUGACGUAAAUUGAUGGACUGGACUCUGGAGUGAAUUACUUGUAGAUUAUUGUGAUGUUUUCGUCUGCUUUAUCAGCAUCUCACUCUGACGGCACCCGUUCACUGCAGAGGAUCCAUUGGUGAGCAAGUGAUGUAAUGCUAAAUUUCUCCAAAUCUGUUCGGAAUAAACUCAUCCAUAUAUUGAUUUUCAGCAAAUAUUCACUAUUGGGUAAACUAUUCCUUUGAUAUAUAUAUAUAUAUAUAUAUAUCUAUAUCUAUAUAUAUAUAUAUAGAGAUAUAUAUAUACUCGAUACAUUCACAGUGUUACAGCUAGCCUCAGUCUCCCCUACAUACUGUAUAAUUGAAUUGUCUAUUGCAAAUUUGCAUUUCUAUCAUCUAUCAGCAGAAAAACAAUUGUUUUGACCAGCACUUUUUCAUUUGUUUACUCUCAGCUACUAUAUUUUUGUCUUAAUGCUACAGGAAUAUUGCACUAUUAAUUCUGUCUGUCCACCCACAGCAGUGUGAUUCCUGCUGCUGUUUAACUCUGAUUAUUCACAAUCAUCACCACAUGUUGCUUUGCAAUUAUUUCUACAAUAAACUCUUUCUGCAAUAGAAUGCAUUAUCAACUGCAUCAAAUAAUCUGUGUGACCCUGUCCGACUAAAGAAGGGGAUCUGUCAUGAUACGGAUUCAAACUGUCAGAACAACAUACUGUUUAUUGUUUUUGCCUUUAUUGAGAAAACUUGCAACGAGCAUUUCAAUUUGUUUGUUUGUCUUAUUUGUUGUGUGUGCAUGACAUAGUGUGGCCGGCUGAAAUCUUCAUAUGAC